CUUGGUGGGAGAGAAUGAAAUCUGAUUUGCAACUAACAAUCAUGCUUUAUUUUGAGAAUAUUUACAAACUCACUGAAAGGGAAAUUAAAUAUUAACCAAAGACAAUGUCUGGAUUUUCCAGUAACUUAUCAACAAAUGACUCUAGCGUGUGGAAAGAAAAUAAUUCGACGAACCUUUUAAAUCCGCCAAGAACUUCAAAUAUCUAUCUUUUUUGCCUGACAUGUUUAAUGACUCUUACAGCCCUGGUGGGCAGCAUUUAUUCACUAGUCUCCCUGCUGAAAAUGCAGAACAGAACCAUUGUGUCCAUGCUUGUGGCUUCCUGGUCUGGGGAUGAUCUCAUGAGUGUCCUGUCGGUGACCAUCUUCAUGUUUUUGCAGUGGCCAAACGAGGACCCUGAUUACUUCCAGUCUCUGUGUACCACCUCUGCCUUACUGUAUUUAUGCCAGGGCCUCUCAAGCAACUUGAAGGCGACUCUCCUAGUCUCCUACAACUUUUACUCGAUGCGCAGGGCUGUGGGGAGCCAGGCAGCCUCCAGAAGAUCCGGCCAGGUGCUCGGCGUGGUGCUGACCGUGUGGGCAGCCAGUCUGCUGCUCUCCGCGCUCCCGCUGUGCGGCUGGGGCACCUUCGUGCGCACGCCUUGGGGUUGUCUGGCGGACUGCUCCAGCUCCUACGUGCUGCUCCUCUUCGUUGUGUACACUUCGGCUUUCGGACUCCUCGCUGGCCUCUCGGUUCCUCUCACUCACCAGUUAUUGUGUUCGGUGGAGCCGCCGAGACUCCACGCCAACUACCAGGAAAUUUCCCGCGGAGCUUCCACUCCUGGGACCCCUCCAAGCAGUGGGAGAGUGCUUUCCUUGUCCCCAGAUGAUGCUCCCGGCCCUGCGCCUCCGUGUUCUGGGGGAUGCUCUCUGAGCUCCGACACUGUAUUUGGACCGGGUCCACCAGCUGCCGCUGUGGUUGGAGCCUGGAGGCGGGAGAACCGGGGGACUCUCUAUGGCACCAGGAGCUUCACCGUGAGCGUAGCGCAGAAGCGCUUCUCUUUGAUCCUAGCGCUGACAAAAGUCAUCCUUUGGCUGCCCAUGAUGAUCCACAUGAUGGUUCAGUACGUGGUGGGGUUUCAGAGCCCUCCCUUCGAGACACUCAGCUUUCUACUAACCCUGCUGGCCACCACUGUAACCCCAGUGUUUGUCUUGUCCAAACGCUGGACCCACUUGCCCUGUGGCUGCAUCAUCAACUGUAAGCAGAACGCAUAUACAGUGGCAUCUGAUGGGGAAAAACCCAAGAGGAGAGGCUUUGAAUUCAGUCUAUCGUUCCAACGGAGUUAUGGGAUUUAUAAAAUAGCACGUGAAGAUUACUAUGAUGAUGAUGAAAAUUCUACAUCCUAUCACAAUCUCAUGAAUUCUGAAUGCAAAACUACAAAGGACUCUCAGAGAGACACUUGUAAUAUCUUCAAUGCCAUAAAAGUGGAAAUCAGCACCGCAUCCUCUCGGGACAGUUCCAUACUAAAAGGGAUCAACAAAUACACAAAUACUGAUAUUACAGAGACUAAGCAGGAGUGCCACAGUGAAAAGUGCGCUGAUCCACUGCUUUCUGAAAAAACAGGAGAUGUUAUUAACUAUGAAGAAACCACCUUUUUGGAAGGGCCAGAAAGAAGACUUUCUCAUGAGGAGAGUCAGAAACCAGAUCUUUCAGACUGGGAAUGGUGUAGAAGUAAAUCUGAAAGAACCCCUCGUCAGCGUUCUGGUGGUGCCCUUGCCAUUCCCUUGUGUGCAUUCCAGGGGACCGUGUCUCUCCAAGCACCUACGGGGAAAACCCUAUCUCUUUCUACCUAUGAGGUAAGUGCAGAAGGACAAAAAAUAACCCCAGCCUCUAAGAAAAUAGAAGUCUAUCGAUCCAAAAGUGUUGGCCAUGAACCGAACUCAGAAGAUUCUCCCUCUACAUUUGCGGACACCAGUGUGAAAAUACACUUGGAAGUUCUCGAAAUUUGUGAUAAUGAAGAAGCCUUGGACACUGUGUCAAUCAUUAGCAACAUCAGCCAGUCCUCUACACAGGUCAGAUCUCCAUCCCUACGCUACUCACGGAAAGAAAACAGAUUUGUUUCUUGUGAUUUAGGGGAAACAGCCUCAUACUCUCUCUUUUUACCCACGAGCAAUCCCGAUGGUGAUAUCAACAUCUCCAUUCCGGACACUGUUGAAGCACACAGGCAGAACAGUAAAAGGCAGCAUCAAGAAAAGGACGGCUACCAGGAGGAAAUCCAGCUGUUAAACAAAGCUUACAGAAAAAGAGAGGAAGAAAGCAAGGGUAACUAGUGAUCUUUUGGUCUAAUAAGGCAAGAAUGGGUCUGCAAGUUCAAACUGCUAAACUAACAAUUUGGUUCUGAGGCUAUUUGAUUUCCUUUAUUACUUGUUGGUUUACAUAAGCAUUACAGAUUUAGUAGUUAACGGUUUUUAGGGCAAGCAGCUGGAACUAGCAUAAACACUUAAGUGCUUUUGAUGUAUUACCUGUAGAUCACACACUGUGGUAAUUAAAAGAUUCAUUUCUUAUCUGAUUCCUAAAGCUGUUUUCUAGAUUAAAUAUCAGCCUCAUUUACUAAUGUUUUUGCCGGUUGGUCACCCUCAUAAAUUCAAUGAAUAUAUUGUUCACAUCUCAUGUUUCAACACAUAAUGCUGGCCUUUAUCAUAAGGGGUAAGAAGAUAUUUUGGGAAUGGAAGAAAUGUAGAAAAACUCUGAAUUGUAUUUAAAGAGACUUGCCUACAUGUGCCUAGCAAGACAAGCUUAUUACAGUUACUGCUUUAGAUUUACAACCAUGUCUAGGAAAUAUAUUUUCAUGUAAAAUGGCAAACUAGCUAGCUUCCAACUUUGAAACAUGCAUGCCCAUACUCUGUAAAUAGUUGUUUCCUUCAUUUCUGUAAAGUUCAAAUUGCUUACUAAAUGUUCUUCUUCCUUUCUCUCUUAAAUGUAAGUAUUCUCCUUUCAUCUUUUCAUUAUGUCAAGACUUCCCUUGAAACAAAAUAUUGUGUUACAAGUGGAAUUAGUAAUCCAUAACUCAAACAUUAUUGUAAAUGUUUUAAAUGUACACAUUAUCAUUUCUAGAAUUGUUUUAUUUGAAUGGAAAUUGGGGAAAAGCACUUCCAGAUUAAGUUCUGUGAGGUAUGCUCAAUUAGAUUAACAAAGUUUUGGGUAAAGCAGAGGAAAAUCCACUAAGUAAAAAAAUAAAAGUAUGUUUCUAAAGCUGCAGAUUUGGCAAACUUUUUUUUUUUUUUAAUUUUAUUUAUUUACUUGACAGAGAGAGAGAAAG